CUGGGAAGUAUAAAUACAGAGCCGAGAAGUUGUCUGUUCAUACCUCUACACUUAGCCUUAAGGGUCACCAACUGCUGCGAAAAGCUGAGUGCGACUAUUUUCACUGCUGUUGGUGUCAGAAGCAGAGGACGAGGAGUUUGGAUACUUCCUGGACAAAACAAACUCCAUUACCAUGAAGUCGGCAUGCCUGCUCAUCUUGGCAUCUCUCGCGAUUUGCAACUUGACGAUUUCUGAAGGACAGGGCAUCCCUUCUGAGGAGGAGACAGACCGGAGGACCACCAUAGACGACAUCAUACUACAGAGAGCAGAAACUCUCCUUUUACGGUCCAUUCUCAAAAAGCUGCAAGAUGAAGAUGGCAGAAAUGAUAAAUUUUUCUCUCAACCAGAAUGGAUGACAAAACGACAGCACCCUGGUAAGAGAUACAUCGAGGAUUUGGAGAAGCGGCAGCACCCAGGCAGGAGAGAGGAGGACGAUGACGAGCAGGACUUGGAUGUGCAAAAGAGACAGCAUCCGGGCAAGCGAGAAGAUGAAACGCACCUGCUCAUGGGACUCCAGAAACGGCAGCAUCCAGGAAGGCGCUCAAUGACAGGACCCAUUUCAGAAAAUCCCAUUAUACUGAGUAGUGAACUUUUCAAACGGCAGCACCCAGGCAAGCGUUACCUGCUGCUGCACACCAAACGCCAGCACCCAGGUAAGCGUAAUCCCGAGGAUGAGGAUGAUGAUGGAGACUGGGAUUCAGUUGAUGAAGAAGAUGAACACCUCCAAGAGUUGGAAAAACGUCAGCACCCCGGAAAACGGUUUUGGGAUAACUCUAGUCCGGAAUUAGGCACAAACAAUCCAUGUGAUGUUUUGGACUCUGAGAGCUGCAGCAAGACCAGUUUGCUGCUCGACCUUUUAGACAACAUUAAUAAGAGCCACGUUGAUGAGAAAAGACAGCACCCGGGUAAAAGGUUCGCACCGGAGGAGGAUUUAGUGGAAGGAGAGUAGGAUAAACAAAGUCGGGUCUGCGCAUAUUGCUUUGCUGUAAAGAAACUAAAUGUAAAAAUUAAGCGACCCCAAUGAGUUAUUAAAAAUGCUAAAGUAAUUUAACCAUUUAUCCUUUUAAGCAAUUUCCUCUGCAGAAAGUUACUAUCAUUAACGCACAGCAUUUAUCUGAUACUUUCUUUGAAGUGCUUGUGCGUAAUUGCCCUCCAAACUUUGACAUUUUGCUGUACAUAGAGUUUUCAGAACAUAAGAUGACCUAACAUUUAUCAUUAUUAGAAGUGGAUUUAUGUGUUUAUUAGAUUACUUAUUCUUACACAAAGAUUUAGGAUUAAAGAAUUAGCUCCUGGCUUCAGCGAUGUUCCCUCUGUGAGGCAACGCACGCUCGUCAGUGUUGUACAUGCUUGAGUUAAGAUGUAAUUAAAACAGAUACGUUUACAGCAAGGAAAUACUUUCACCGACUAAUUUGUGUUUAUUAUUUUCUACUUAUGUAAAAUAUAAAGAAUGCCACAGCAAAUGAAAUGUGUCACUGAUUAUUUUUUACAUUAUACAUCCUGGAUUCC